CAUAAAAAGAUAAGUUUAUGCAAGCUUGAUUUUAUUUUCAUUUAUAAGACAUUACAUUUUUAGGGCAUUGUUUAUUGUUAAUUAAAUUAAUUAACUAGUAUAAAACAUUCCAAAUCAUUGUUACAUAUUUUAAGAAUAGAAUUAAUACUUAUUCCAACUUAUCUUUUUUUGUUUCUUUGAUAUAAAAAAAUGUCAUUUAAUUGAAUAUCAUAAAUUUCUGUAUAAGUACUUGAGAAGAAACGUUCAACUUUCUCUAGAAUAAGACUUGCUCUAAGCGUGAUGCAACGUCCGUACUAUGAUACAUCGAUACAUUACAUCGUUUUCCACACUACUUUCACAUUGCUAAUCUUCAGCUUGUAUUUCGAGUUUAUAGUAGUUUAUUGUUAUCAACUUUUAUCUUUUAUUUAUUGUAAAUAAACUUGAAUUCUCCAUGAUGUAUAAUUAAUGAAAUAUGACCAUUAAUCUUUGACUUUAAUACUGACAUGUAAUUUUUGUAAUUAUUUAAAAAUUGAAUCAAGUAGAUAAAUACUAAAAUCAAAGAUCAAAUGUGUUCAUCUCUUAUGUUUAUAGAAAAUAGAGGGGAUUACUACUAUAUUUUACUCUCCAUUUCAAUUCUGCCCUGAAAUAUUCAAUCCUUCCUCACUGGCAGUCACUUUUCUUCUAACACAAUCCCCUGACUAUCUGAGCCAUUGAAAAUUAUAGUAAUCAAAUUUAAAUACUCUAUUAUAAAUAACAAAUAUUGAAUUGAGUUUAAAAUAAUGUUUAAAUUAUCUUCAGUUUAUGUAAAAAUUUGUUUUAUAACAUUAGUCAUUUAUUUUAUUGGAAUUAUUAACAAUGUGAAAGCUAAUUCAAAUGAUAAAAUAGAAAAGAGUUUUCCAGCAUAUAUAAUAACAGAAACAACAGAUAUUUUAAAAAAUUUUAGUAAGUGUAAGAGUGAGUUAAACAUGCUUCGGGAAGGAAUUGAUAAUCGAAAGUUGUGGAGUUUAAAGAUCCUAGAUGCAAAUGGAAAGCCUUCAUCAGGAUUUAUAUACGGCAAUAAAUUUUGGCUUGGUCAAAAAACUCAAUGCUCAGAUCUUGGAAAUAAUAAACCCUUAGAAUUAAUUCCAAGUUUUCUAAAAAAUAAUUCCUUAUAUCGUAAUAUUGAUGAAGAAUUUCCACCCUAUGAAAUUAAUUAUUUUAUUGCACGUUUUAGACAUAAUAGUACCAUUCAAUAUCAUGUGAGAAUGCCAGAUGAAGAUAUCAUAACUUUGGGACUUUGUCUUCCCGCUUCCUGUACAACGCAUGAAUUGCAAAGUAUUCUCAAUGAAAUAUUUAAAACAAAAGCUCUUCCGGUAGGUGAUUUAUAUGCAGCAGAUUUUAGUCUCAUCCAUGUCAAAGAUGGUAGAUUUGAUUAUCACUGGUUAUUAAAUUGGCAAUCUAUUAUUUUUAUAAUGAUCUUAAUAAUAAUAGGGUUGAUGAUCAUUUUGGGAACCGGAUAUGAUAUUAUUAUUUAUCAGAAAAGACUAGUAAAAAAAAAAAGACUCAUGAAUUUAAACGACAAUAAUGAUGGAUUAUAUUUAAAUCCAACUAGCUUUCCUCAACAUAAACAUCUUGCGAUAAAAAAUACUUGUAAACCUUCAAGUAUGCUUUGCCACAUUCUGUUAUGUUUUUCCGUUUAUACGAAUUCUGGUAUGAUUUUUAAAACUAAAAUAAAAAAAGAUUCAAUAUCUGCUAUCCAUGGCAUAAAAUUCCUUGGAAUGCUUUGGAUAAUUUUAAUUCAUACUGUGAUAUACAUGAAUGAUUUUGCUGAUAAUAGAAUAACAGCUUGGCGAAAUGGAGAGGGUUUUAGUGCUCAAAUAAUUAGUAAUGGAGCAAUGUCAGUGGAUACUUUUUUUUGUAUCAGUGGAUUUUUAGUAGCUUGGUUAUUUUUUAAAGAGAAAAAUAAAAAGAAGGAAGAAAGAGAACAUGCUAUAAGACUUAAUUGGACAAAUUUUUUUGGAUUAAUAAUUAAAAGAAUUGUGAGGUUGACUCCUGCCUAUAUGAUAGUUUUAGGAAUAAUUCAAAUGUUUACAAGUUUUUAUGCUCAUGUAGCACUGUUUCAAAUGUCUGAAAGGCCUGAAGAAAUGUGUGCCAAAUAUUGGUGGAGAAAUUUGCUUUAUAUUAAUAAUUUAUUUGAUAAAGACACAAUGUGUUUGUCUUGGAGCUGGUACAUAUCAAAUGACAUGCAAUUUUUUAUUGUCGGAAUAUUUCUCCUUUUCUUAUCAAACAUAUAUUUCUAUUUAGCUGUAAUUCUGCUAUUUGGGCUUUUAAUUUCCUCAGUUCUGAUUACUGGCUAUGUAUCAUAUUCUAAUGAAUUCAUUUUCACAGCAGACGAUCUUUGGAAUAAGAUGAAUAUUAUUUAUGAUCCACCAUGGGUACGAAUUGGUCCUUAUUUAGUUGGAAUGAUUGCAGCAUAUAUAUUAUUCAGAUUGGAAGGAAAAUUGAUUGUUAAAAAAGGCACUUUAUGUCUUCUUUGGAUUUUGGGAAGUUCAUGCAAUCUUCUUACAUUGUUUGGCACAUCAAACAGAAGAAUUUUAACAGUUGUUACUUCAGCAUUUUACAUGGCUUUAGGCAGAACUAUUUGGGGAAUUGGCAUUGCUUGGUUGUUAAUUGCAUGUCAUACCAAUAAUGCAGGAAUUAUAAAUAAUUUUCUUUCACUCAAAGCCUGGAUUCCUAUGAGCAGAAUGACUUAUGGAGCUUAUUUACUGAACCCAAUAAUUGCUAGUACAAUGUAUAUGAUGGCUGAAAAACCAGUACAUGUGGAUAUUACACCAGCGUUUAUUACUUACCUAGGCAAUGUUUUCCUGACGUAUCUUUUUGCUUAUAUUCUUGCAAUAACGUUGGAGACGCCCUUCAUUUUACUUCAAAAAGUUUUAACACAACCUCGUCAUAGGCACCAAUAAUUGGAUAAUAUGGAUUAUCUUAUAAAGAUUUAUAAAAUUGACCAUAAUUGCAACAAAAUAUAUUCAAAACUAACAAUGA